GUCACGAGCGGGUCACAGCCAAUCAGCGGCGCGGAUGCACCCCGCCCCGCCUCCCCCCAGCCUCCGACCUGCGCAGCUCCCCCGGCUGGCCGCGGCCGGAAGCGGCGGAGAGGGCUAGUGCGGGACCCCAGGAGCCAGGCGCGCGCUGCAAAGAAACUGUCCGACUGACCGAGCUCUCAUAAGACUGAAAACGUAUCUCCGGCAAGACAGCAAUCUGCUUUGGCAUAAAAUAUUCAGUCGGGUGAUGUGUUUGCGUAGCUUAGAGGACUCAGCACUGAGAUGAAGGGCGAUGAUGCUGCAGUGGGGAACGCUCUGCAUGCUGAGAAGUCCCAACAGGCAGGCAUAUGAGACACCGUGACCACCCACUGGGAAAACUCGGCACCCUGACAAGCACCAGCUCUCCAGAUUUCACUGGCCAUGGCAGAAGACAUCCUUUUGGAGGGACACAUCUGGGGCUCCAUGCGGAGGACGGCGUUCAUCCUGGGCUCCAGCCUCCUCUUGACUGUGGCCUUCUGGAACUCUGUUACAUGGCAUCUUCAGAGAUUUUGGGGUGCUUCUGGCUGCUUUUGGCAAGCCCAGUGGGAGAGGCUGCUGUCGAACUUCGAAGGGAAAGAGUGGAUCCUCUUCAUAAUAGGUGCUGCCCUAGUGCCUGGGCUGCUCUUCUGGGCCUUCAAUGGGCUGCUACUUGUGGUGGACACAACUGGAAAACCUACCUUCAUCUCCCGCUACCGGAUCCAGCUGGGCAAGAACGAGCCUGUGGACCCUGUAAAACUGCACCAGUCCAUCCGCACGGUUCUGUUCAACCAGUACCUGAUCUCACUCCCCAUGGUGGUCUCCCUCUAUCCCGUCCUCAAGUGGUGGGGAGACCCCUGCCGCCGAGAGCUGCCUACCUUCCACUGGUUCCUCCUGGAGCUGGUGAUUUUCACCCUGAUUGAGGAAGUCUUCUUCUACUACUCACACAGGCUCCUUCACCACCCUGCCUUCUAUAAGAAAAUUCACAAGAAGCACCACGAAUGGACAGCACCCAUCGGUGUGAUCUCUCUCUAUGCCCACCCCAUAGAGCACGUGGCCUCCAACAUGCUGCCGGUGACAGUGGGUCCCUUGGUAAUGGGCUCCCAUCUGUCCUCCAUCACUGUGUGGUUUUCCUUGGCCCUCCUCAUCACCUCCAUCUCCCACUGUGGCUACCAUCUGCCCUUCCUGCCCUCACCUGAAUUCCAUGACUACCACCAUCUCAAGUUCAACCAGUGCUAUGGAGUGCUUGGGGUGCUGGACCACCUGCAUGGGACGGAUAUCCUGUUUAAGCAGACCAAGGCCUAUGAGAGACACGUCGUCCUUCUGGGCUUCACCCCACUGUCUGAGAGCAUCCCUGACUCCCCAAAGAAGAUGGAGUGAGAAGGCUCUCAUACAUCCUGGCUGUCCCAUGAUCCUGAGGUGGCCUGAGGCCUAGUGAGUGUACCUGGCAGUUUGCCCCUUUAAUCAUACUCUUGAUGGCACCAUUAGGACAGAGAGGUGGCCAGCCUCUGGGAAAAGGAUGGCACCAGGGCUUCCCCUCAACUAUUGCUGAGAGCAGAAACAGGCUUGAAUAAAGAAAGCUGCCAAGGCUGCAGGUCCACCAGAGGUGCAGAAACCAGAGUGGGCGCCUGCCCAGUACCCCAUCCUCUGCAGGAGACUUCCUGUGGCCUAGGCAAGACAGAGGAGGACAGAGGUGGCAGUGGCCCAGGAGUCCAUGGGCUCCAUGAUGGAGAACUAGGUUUUGCUUCUUUGCCCCCAAGAGCUUUUCUUACCCCUUAUUCUGGCCAGAGCCAGGGCACCUUGGCCAUUAAUUCCAGGUCUCAAUUCUUCCUAAACCAGAUCCCAGUCAGAGACAAAGGCCCCACUUCAACUCUGUCUCGCUGCACAUAAAAGUCCUCCUCUGAAAAGGCACAAAAAAAUUCCAAGAAAUUCCCCUGGAUUAGGACUGUUACCAGGGGCUCACAACAACUCCCCAGAACCUUUGGCCUGUACAGAAACCAAACCUGAGAAAUAUCGGCUGGGUAUAUAUAGCUCAACAGUAAAGCACCUGCCUGGUCAUGAGUUUGAGUCCUGGUACCAAAAAAAUAGAUGGAUGAUAAAACAUGAGAAGUGCUCCAGUGGGGGGGUUCCCUCUGGCUCACAAAGGAAAGGAUCAGGGGGCCCCCUUCAGGGAUACCUAUUUGAAUCAGAAUGGCGAUUAGAACCCUCUUUCUCCUUCCAAAAAGGAACCCAGAAAACAUGGCCAAAGGGCAAAAUCCUUUCUCCCCAAAUGGUUAAUCAACUGUCUUAACACCAUUUAUUCAGGAUGAUUUUAGCAGCAGUGACACCUUUUACAAACUAAACUUUUUUAGGAAACUGCAAUUUUUUUUAGGGACUAUGUGUCUUUUUUCGAGAGUUUCACUAUGUAGGUCCAGCUGCCCUUCAACUCUGUAGCCCAGGCUAGCCUGGAACUCAUGGUGAUCCUCCUACCGCAGCCUCCAGAGUGAUAGGAUUACAGGCAUGUAACAACCAAGCCCAGCUCAAAUGAAGUCUUAUUGAUAGCCUUACUUAAAACAAAGCCCAGCUAGGCAAGGUGGCGCACACUUGUAAUCCCAAGUUACAAGUGUUACAAUUUGGGAGACUAAGGCAGAAGGAUCGUUGCAGGUUCAAGACCAGCCUGAGUUACAAAGUGAGCUCAACACCAGCCUGAACUACAUAGUGAGACCGCCUCAAAAAUUAAAUCAACAAAGCCCUUGGUCAGACAUAGCCAGGAAACAUUGUGGUUUUACACUGUCACAAAUCUGUAAUACCAGUAUUCAGAAGGUUCAGGCAGGAUUGCUUGAGUCCUAUUUGGUGUUAAGCCUGGACGAGAGUCCAAGAUCCCAUUUCUUUUUUUUUUUUUUGUCUUUUUCUUUUUUAUCGGUACCAGGGAUUGAACUCAGGCCUGCCUGUUUACAAGGCAGGCGCUUAUGCCGCUGAGCUAAAUCCCCAGCCCCUAAAGAUCCCAUUUCUUAAAAGCAAAGCAAAACUUUAAUGUUUGAUAGGGCCAAACCUCUAGGCCAAUGAGGGUGAAACGACCUUUCAGUGAUAUAAACAGCCUGCUGUGGCACGCAGGGCAGGUUUGCCACCGCUCUUCAACGCAGAGCUGUCAGAAAAGACUUCCUCCUAUCAGUACUAGGAUGCUAAAGCCUUAUGGACCAUGCAGCAUCCUCGCUGGCCUGCCCCUGCCCUGCCCUGCCAACUCUUGACUUUGGUGGACUCCAUCCCUUCCCUGCCCAGGACAGCUCUGCUGUUGGGAAGACCAUCAAAGCUCCAUGUUCUCCCUGCUGUUGGCCUGGACAGCAUAUGUUCCUUCAAAUAAACAUCUAGGGGAAAAAGUCAGACUUCUGUAUAUUUAAAGAAGGUGCUGGGUGGCUGGGUGUGGUGGUGCACCCUGUAAUCCUAGCACUUGGGAGGCUGAGGCAAGGAGGAUCGAUGUGAGUUCAUGGCCAGCCUGGACAGAAAAAAAAAGUUAAGAAGAGAAUGUGUAAAGAGAUAGGAGAAAGCAGUGUAUUUUUCCUCUUUAGGGUCUUUAGAUUUUGAGCUGUACCAAGAAAUCUAGAGGGAGGGGCUGGGGAUUUAGCUCAGUGGCAUAAGCGCCUGCCUUGCAAGCAGGCAGUCCGGAGUUGGAUUCCUGGUACCGAUAAAAAAGGAAAAAGACAAAAAAAAGAAAAAGAAAAGAAAAGAAGAAAUCUAGAGGGACAAGACUCGCUCUCUUGUUCCUUUUGGCAGGCAGGUGACUGAUUCUUAAAAUAGGCACUUAGCCCUGCCUUUUCUGCAUCAAAUACAAUGGCCCUAAAGUCCCACCAGAAUAAAGCAAUUGCCAUUUGUGUUAGCACAUACAGUAAAACCUUUUGUAAGCAUAAUUCCUUCUGGAAACAUGCUUGUAAUCCAAAGCACUUGUGUAUCAAAGCGAUUUCCUUGUAAGAAAUAAUGGAAACUCAAAAUUUUUUUCUACAAUCUACCAAUAUUCAUAUAUAGAUUAUAGUAUGAUUAACGCAAAAUAAAAGACAGUAUAAAUAGAAGUAAA